AUGCAACAUUUCAAAGAUACACUUAAGCGCGAGGACGGGCGAUAUCAGGUUACAUGGCCCUGGAAACGAGAUAUUGAUGAAUUGCCGGAAAAUCGUGGAUUGGCAUUAGGGAGACUGAAAUCAUUAGUUACUCGAAUCGAAAGACAACCUGAACUGAAACAGCAAUACGACGAUGUAAUUCAAGACCAGCUUGCAAAGGGCGUUAUUGAAAAAGUUGACAAAUGUGCAGAGUACGGAUAUAAACAUUAUAUUCCACACCAUGUAGUUAUCACACCAACGAAAAGUACAACCAAACUUCGAGUUGUUUAUGAUGCAUCAGCGAAGACAAGAGCUGACAACAAAAGUCUGAAUGAAUGCUUAUACAGAGGCCCUGUCAAGCUACAUGACCUCUGUGGAAUUUUAAUGCGGUUUAGAUUACACAAAAUUGGUAUAGUUGCCGAUAUAGAGAAGGCAUUUCUGCAAGUGGGAUUACAACCUUUAGAAAGAGACGUUACCAGAUUUCUGUGGCUCAAGGACAUCAAUACAUCAAUCGUAAAUGAAGACAAUAUACAAGAAUUUCGCUUUGCAAGGGUGCCGUUUGGCGUAAUUUCGAGUCCAUUUCUACUGGGUGCCACUAUCGAAUGCCAUCCGGAUUUAUAUGAAAGUGAGAUUUCAGAAAAACUGAAAAAUGAUAUAUACGUGGACAAUGUUAUUACUGGAACCGAAACCGAGACUGAAGCCAUUCAGUUUUACGAAACAUCAAAAUCGAUCUUUAAAGAUGCAUCAAUGAACUUACGUGAAUGGACUACAAACAGUAAAUCCGUGAAUACUUCCAUACCUGCUGAAGAUAGAUCAGGGUGUGAAAAGACAAAGGUGCUAGGACACUAUUGGAAUGUUAAAGAUGACACAUUUUCUAUCAAAGCGCCGAUCUUUUUACCUGAAACGUCACAGAUUACAAAACGAACAGUGCUAAAACAGAUAGCUUCAGUGUAUGACCCUCUAGGUCUUUUCUGUCCGAUUUUGCUUCGGGGGAAGAUACUUCUACAAUCAUUGUGGAGUAAACAUUGUGACUGGGAUGAUGAACUUGAAAAUAGUGACAUUCUGUCAUGGAAAUCGAUCAAAGAAGAUUUUGUAAAUAUCCCAAAUUCUCAAAUUCCAAGACAUGUUGGAUUACAAGUUGUCGAUGAAAAUACAAAAGUACAAAACAGAUUGGUUUGCUUCUGCGAUGCUUCAAAAUAUGCAUAUGCGUGUUGCAUUUAUCUUAUUCAGGGAGAUAAAAAUGUAACAAAAGGGAACCUUGUAUUCGCAAAGUCAAGAUUAGCUCCUAUAAAACAAAAUAUGACGAUUCCAAGAUUAGAAUUAAUGGCGAUGGUCAUAGGAGUUCGUUGCACUGAAUUUGUGAGAAAAGAGCUGAAAUUAGAAAUAGAAUAA